GUAAUGUAGCUGUCAGACUGGAGCGUCAGGUUUCUGCUUGCCUGCCCGCAGCACAGCCUUAAGAGGAUCAAACUGGACAUUGUGGGGGGCCUGGAUCUAUAUCCACACUGGCCAAAUAAAUCUAGAGAGGUACAUGCCUAAACUACUGACAGAGCUGCAGAGAGCUGCCCACUUCUCAUAAAUUUUAACCUACGGGUCUUAUAAUCUGAAAGAGGAAACAGUUUUUUUUUAGUGCAACAUGCUGAAUGGAAGAAGGAUCUGAGCGGCAAGACCCAUAGAUUCAGCCUUCAUCAUUUGUGGUCCAGUCUUCCUCCUCUCCAGAAAUGUCACUGAGACUGCCACGGACCUGGGACUUCAACUUGAAACCUGAUUUGGGCAGAAUAGUCCGAUCGGUCAGCGUGAUGUCCAGUGACCAUUCUGCAUCAUCCAGUCGUCCUCAUCACCAGAAUUCCUUGGAAAAGCCGACCAAGAGCGGAUGGUUGAAGAAACAGCAGAAGUCAUUUGUCAAAAACUGGCAACAGAAAUACUUUGUACUGAAAGGGCAGCAGCUUUGCUUCUAUAAGGACCUGGAUGAUGGAAAGGCACAGGGCUGUCUUUUCCUUCCCCGGAGCACUGUCAGCGAGGUUUCCUAUAGUCCAGAUGAUGCUGGCAAGUUUAUAUUUCAGGUUAUUCCAGCAUCCUCCAUGGAACAAAACAAACCCAUCCCAGAUCCUUACGUCCUGAUGGCAAACUCACAGGCUGAGAUGGAAGAGUGGGUGAAGGCCAUUAAAAGAGCAGCAGGGUUUCCAUCUGGAGCUGUGUUUGGCCAAUGUCUGGUGGACACUAUAGCCUAUGAAAAGAAAUAUGGAAGGCACACAGUCCCUAUUUUAAUAGAGAAAUGCGCAGACUUUAUCAGAGAAAAAGGAAUGAAUGAAGAAGGAAUAUUCCGGCUCCCUGGUCAAGACAAUCUGGUGAAGCAGUUGAAGGAAGCUUUUGAUGCAGGAGAGAGACCUUCAUUUAGCAGUGAUACAGACGUACACACAGUGGCCUCCUUAUUUAAACUCUACCUGCGGGAACUGCCUGAGCCAGCAAUACCUUGGCGACAGUACGAGGAUUUUCUCUCCUGUGAGAAAUUGAUUACCGUUGAUGAGGAAAAGGGGCACAGAGACCUGAUGAAACAAAUUUCCAUUCUUCCAAAGGAGAACUACAACCUGCUCUGUUUCAUUUGCAGGUUUCUUUUUGAGGUGCAGAAGAAUUCUGGUGUAAACAAGAUGAGCGUGGAUAACUUGUCUAUGGUGAUUGGAGUCAACCUUCUCAAGCCACAAACUGAAGAUCCGGAGGCCCUCAUGAGAAGUGCUCCUCAGAUCCAGAGGUUAAUGACAGUGAUGAUUAGCCACCAUGAGAAGUUUUUCCCGAAAUCGAACGACCUGCCUGAGGAACCAGAAUCCAAGAAGAUCGACCCCAGGAAGGUGCAAAUCCCACGCAGUUCAGUUGGGUGGGAUGCAGCUGAAGAAAUUGUGUCUCCUGGAGCAGAGCAGACCAAAAGAGACACAUGGGGUUCCCGUGGCUCCUCCACAUCAGAAGAUGGAUUGGUAUCCCUAGAAGAGGAUGCCUCUUUGUUAAGGGACAUAUCAGGGUCAUGGAAAGCAAUUCCCAGAAAAAGAACACAGACUCUCCCCAUAACAAACCUACCAAUGAUGGGUAAAUAUAUGGAUGAUAAUAAUAUAAGCCCCAAAGGGGAACUGUUUAGCGGUGAGUUUUGGUCUUCACCUUCCAAACAACAGACUUCCAUAUUGUCUUCUUCUCCCGGACAAAAGAGGGCCCUGUCAGAAGAGUUAGAAUGUCACCGUAGAUCGACUUAUGAUAAUGUACCAUUUCUACAAGGUGAAAGUGGGCCUUGCAUGACUUCCAUGAGCAUCAUGAACUCUGGAGAACAGAAGGUUGCUCAACCAAUCCUGAGUUUGAAAAAUAGUAUCAAUAGACCAGGGGCCGAUGGCACACAGGAAAAUGAGCAGGAAAUGUCCCUCAAACUAAUGGAUCUGCAAAGGGAAAAAGAAAGGAAAGAGCUAGAAGAAAGGAUUCAAAGCCUCGAGAAAGAAAACUAUGACACUUGGAAAAAGGUGGUGAAGUUACACGAAGAUUUGGAAAAUGAACAAAACAAGCGGAAGGCACUGGAAAUUACGCUACAGAAUUCUGAGCGAUCUCGAGAUGAUGCCGAGAGGAGAAAUAAGAUCCUGGAACAGGAAAUCCAAGGGUUUGUGAGAGCCAUGGCCCUGUCAAGCACCAAGACAGAAUAAACAUGCCACAGCUAUCAUGGUGAACAUAGGCAGGAGUCUUGUCUAUGGACAUAAACAGUUAGGAAAAUAGCAAAAUGGCUAUUAAUGGGGAAUUCCUGACAGAACUCAGGCACAUCAAGGUACAUUCCAUUCCUUUAAAGUCUAAACUGAAACUGGUCAAGCAGGUGGAACUUCACUUUUUGGGUUCUAGUAAAAUAUUUCUCCCUGAAUGAGCCAACAUUACACACCACCAUUCUAAGGAAGGAAGGAGCCAGUUGUCUUGCACAGCGCGGGGGGGGGGGUCCUACUGUGUUUUUUUGUUUUUUUUGUAUCACUGGGGAGAAACUGUACAUAAAGAUGACACCCUCAGGCAAUAACGUUAUCGUACAUCCUGGAUUGGGGGAAUCUGCAUUUUUCUAAAUGGCCAAAGCUCAAGGUGUUUUGCACAGAGGAACAUUACACCAGACGAUGUUCAUUAUUUUAGACUGUAGCCCUUUGAGUGUCUUUGCCUCAGAUAUCCACAUUUCCAUUCUGUAUAUUCACAGUCCAGUUCUGUAGACUUGUGACACUGAUGUUUUACAAGACUAUUCUAAAAUACAUAAUCACCCAGUACUACAGCUAAGGAGGAACCGCGUAGGAUGUUUGCUUGGAUGAACUUUUGUAAGAAUAAAUGGCAAAUAUUUAAG